GUCGAUCAAUCGGAAGGAUGUGAUAGUGAUUCUCGGAUUUCUGUCUCUAAGUGUCAUUGCACUGGAAAAUAAAAUUAAUAUGUACCUUGACAAUAAGAAUAAGCCGAUGACAUGCGAUUUCAAAGGACGGACAACGUGUUGGUGGCCGUUACAAGACACCAUUGUCGUUAGAGAUAGUGGUUGUUAUCAUCAAUGCACGCGUGCGAAAAAUUGUGCGAAUACAUCAGCCAAUCAGAUGUUGACUUACCUUUCAAGAUUCGCCAUGUCCUUCUUCUGGAUCAUAAGUUUACAUAAGAAAAUAAUUUUGUCCUUGGAAAUACAAGAAAAGUUACUAUUUUCUUUUUCACCGAGGGCAAAAACUGGACUACUUGAUAGCAAAUUUUUCGACUGAGAAUAUUCAGCACUUGUCGAACUGUCCUCCGUAAAAUUAAUUUCUGGAUCCACUUGACCAUUGCCAUUUCUGUUCGUCGAGAUCAAUAUUCUGCCAAAGAUUGCUAUCGGAAAAAAGAUAGAUGAAUGGAAAAGAAAAAGGACGUGUGGGAAACUCGAGAGCAGGAAAUCCGUUGAUCGUUAAUUUAAUCUGCUUCUGGCCAUUAUCCGCAAAGGUGUCGAAGAUCCAAAGAUUAAGGAGAGGAAUAAUCAUGAUUCUUCUGGACACACACGAAAAUUUUUCGACUACAUAUGUGAAAUGUGCGAUUUUGCGCAUCGAGAGAGGGAGAGAGAGAGAUCUCUUGAUUCUAGACGCAGACAGGAUGCUUGCUGAACGAACAAUACGAUUGGUUGGUGGCCAUUGUUGGACAUUAUUGGAAUUUUUAGUACCUUGGCAAAACUCCACGACAGGAUAAAUGUCUUCCAUCUCAAUGACAUUUUUACCGUAUUUUCAUCAUUACAAUCG